AUGGAUAUACUGGCUACCAUAGCUCAAACAGUUUUUGCAUUCAAGGCUUAUCCAACCAAACAAGAGUUGGAGUCAGUGGCUUCUGCACUGAUUGAGAAACACCCUUGUCUUAGAGAUCCAGGUCCUGGACCUGGCCAUCAUAGCUGGACUAUGAGCAUAAUAUAUAAGAUGGGUAACUACCGCCAGAAGCUACAGUCCGCUGGUUGCUCAGAAGUCCUUGUGAACCGUAAAAGGUCCAAACAUGACUCUAGACCUUUAAAGAAAGCCAAGAGGUGUGAGGUCAAUUUCCUUCCAGACAACCCAACUGGACAGACAGAUUCUUCCCUCCAAAAAGAAAAAGAUGAACUUAAAGAAGAAAUGCAGAAAAAGCAUCCAAACAUGGCAGCUGUCAAGUCCAAGAUGGAACUAACAUUUUCACUUAGAAGAAAAGAGAUAGUUUCUGAAGAACCUCUGGUGGAUGAUGUCUUAAAACAGUGGCCAGCAUUGUUUUUACCUGAUCAGGUAUGUGCUGAGUUUUUCCGAAUUACCCGAACUAACCUGACAAGCAGAUUCUUCACGUCUUUGGAUGAGUAUGCACCAAAAAUGAUUAAAGUGUACCGUGCAAGUGGUGCAGCUUGUGGAGAAGGCAUGAAGAGCCUUUUAGAAAAACUUGAUGACCAAACAUCUGAUGUGCUCAGCUGCAGAAAGGCUACUGCUCUUAGAGGUCUGCCCAUGUUUAUGGAUAAACAUUCUGGGAGCCUUCUGAAAGAUUGUCUGGACACAGAGCCAGUAGAAGAUCAGAUUAACUCCAUGAAGAUGGGAAUCUUGACCGUUAUUGAAGACGAUGUUGCCACCGUCCAGUCAAGCCCAAACAUAAGGUUCUUUGCUGUUGUGCUGGAAGAACAGAUUGUUGUGGAUGAAGUAAGUGACCUACCAACUGCUUUUGCUCUCCUCUUUGGCCUCAUCUAUGCCCUCAACAUGGACUACCCCAAGGAACUAAAAUACACUUUUGAGACCAUUCAAAAAGUGUUCAUGUGCCUUGAUCCCAAAUGCUCAGCAAGAGUCCAGUCCUUCAAAAACAAGCUGUUACAGUAUUGACAUUCUAAUGUACCGGUCUCUUCCAGUCAUUUUCAUGGUUCUAAAUGUUAAUGUUUUUAUUCUCACGUUUGUAAGUUCACCAUGACCAGUGAAGUUUUCUUGUUCUCUAACAUUUUUGCUACUUUUGUAGUUUAUCGCUGCAACUGAUUGUUAGUAGUUUCAUAUUACUUAUGGCGGCAUGUAUAUGCCUUCAAUGAAACAAAUUAAUUGUAACUCAAGUGUUACUUAGCUGUAUCACCACAUUUCAGAUUCAUGUGAUUUAAAAUGUUGAAAUCAGAUUGGCAUCAAAGCUUUUGUAAAAUUAAUCUUCAGCAUCCAAUAUCAAUUCUGAUGAUUUGUCUUAGUUUCGAACAGAAAUAUGUCUUCAUUUUCAGGUCAAAAUAACCUGGUACUGGGUGAUAAUUAUUAAUUUUAUCUUGUCUUUAUUGCUGAAGCAGUUAGAGCUUUACCUUUUCAAAGAUACUGGAAGUUUGCAUGUAUAGGCUGUAAGAAAGUAUGUUACAACACUUACAGCAACUUCUUAUAUUUGCCAUGUUAUCAGUUUAAGUGGCUGAUAUAUUUUAUUGUAGUGUUAAUGCUCCUGUAUUGGUAAUGAGAUUUUGAAUUUUACACAUUUUGUAACUUUUUUUAAAUGUGCCAUUAGCAUGUUAAUAAAUACAUGCAUGA